UCAGGCAAAACCUGAGAUAAUUGGAUGGCCUUGUUCCUGUUCUAUUUUGUUGCACCGAUGUUUUAAGCAAUGUUUUCAGUCAUACCCAGAAGGCCCGAUGGAAUACAAAUACAAAUCAUUUUGCGUAAGUUGUACUUCCCUGCAGGCCAAUACCAUAAACAAACAAAUUUGCACAUCACCGGUCAAACUGCCCAGCGCGCUGAUUACAAUGUCACAUUAUUCAGUGUUAUAUCAUAAUUUGUGCGAUUUACGGUAUACUACAGCAACCUAAGUUGAAAUAAAACCCAAAAAUCGUGAAGCACGCCCAGGUCAAAACAUAGUACCAACAUUGGUCCCCACAACUGAUUACCAUAACUAUUGUUGGCCCCCUGAAGAACCGAAACGAAUACCUUUGGAAGGGUGUCUAUUGGCCAAAGCAGCUGAUAUAAAAACCAAUACCGGUUAUAAAUGAUUAUUAUUCAUUAAUUGUUCGUUUAUCGCUGCGGUUCCUUUUUUCGCCCCGUUAGUUAGACGCUGAUUUCAUAAUGUUUACGAAAAUACCCGUCAUUGCAACCUGCCUGUUGGCUGUGGUCAGUGCCAAGCCGCACGUGUACGGUCAUGUUGCCCCAGCAAUCGUCACCGCUCACAGUUCUCAAGUUUUUGCUCGGACCUACAAUGGAAUAGUGCCGAUAGCGGUUCCAGCUCCCGUGCCUGCACCAAUACCCGUCCCCUACCCGAUCCAUUAUCCAACGUUCUACGUUCCACCACCACCACCACCGGUGCCGGCGGUUUUCACCUAUCCGGUGUACACGGCAGCUCCAGCCGUACCGGCAACUCCGGUCGUCGUGGCAACCCCGGCGGUGGUAGCUGCUGCUCCAGCGGCCAAAGCAGUAAUCGCUGCUCCAGUGGUCAAAGCUAAGUUGGUGCGGAAGCCCGCGCCUUAUCUGACGACCAUUCGAUAUCGCUCGGUGUAUGCGUAAACUGAAUCGGUUUACACUUACCUUGAUGUGAUUAUUCUGUAGUUUU